GCGCACGCACUGACAAGGGGGCAAGCGAGCGGCACUCGUAGUCUCGAUCAUACCAUCCCGCAGAUAGACUGUUUUAAAAAACAAAACGAUUUUUUUAAGAAAAAACUGCACAUUUUCUGUGUUUUUGCGUGCGGGUGUUUAUAAACUAUAGUUCCAAACAGUGCAACGUACAAAAGUGAUGUGAUUAUUCGAUUUUCAAAACGGAUGCUCGAUUAGCGGUACAUUGCUCAACGAGUUUCUACGUUUCUAGCGGCAAAACGGUGGGCAUAAACGAGAAUUCGGGCAUGAGAGUGUAGUUUUUUUUAAAGUGUUGUCAUCGUUGUAUGGCACGAUGAUAUCUGGAGGGUGGGUUUGCGCGCUGCACGUGAGGACGGCAGGCCUAGGGGGUGCAGCCCUAGGCUCGGACGAGGAGGAAGUGGUCUACCUGGCCUAUAUUGUCAUUGACGUGAGCAACAAUCAGGUGAUCGGAGAACGAGAAUAUGCUGUCCGGCCGACGCGGAGACCCUCCGAGGAGCUGCAGACCGGGCAGCCCCUAGAAGUAGUUGUACAACAGUUCGACGAGUUCGCGCGCUCGCUACAAGUGGACCCGCACUCCCCCCUCUUCAGGCUAGUCACAGACGGACAACCCCCACUUAGACAAUGUCUCCACCCAGAAGCGUGCAGCAAGGAACUAACGCUGCCCGCGUACUACGCGCGCUUCCACGACCUGCGCAAGGAGUUCAUGCGCGCGUACGCGUUGCGCGCCGUCCCCCCGCCCGAGCCCACGGCGCUACAAGACAUGCUUACUUAUUUAGGUAUACCCCCGUACACGGGAGACAAUUUUUACGCGGCUGAGGUCAAAGACAUGGCCAGUGUUAUUAGGAGAAUAAUUUCAGACGGUUUCCGGUUAGAGCUACCGGAGACGGUCGACUUAGUAUUAGAAACUGGAAUAUGUUCAAAAGACGAUGAGAUCGACGGCAACUGCAUAGUGCGCGCGCGGGGUCUGCCCUGGCAAUCUUCCGACCAGGACAUCGCCAAGUUCUUCCGAGGACUCAAUGUUGCCAAGGGCGGAGUAGCGCUCUGCCUAUCCCCCCAGGGCCGCCGGAACGGCGAGGCACUAGUGCGUUUCGUAUCCCAGGAGCACCGCGACAUGGCGCUCAAGAGACAUAAACACCACAUAGGCCCGCGGUACAUCGAGGUGUACCGGGCGAGCGGUGAAGAUUUCCUGUCGGUGGCGGGCGGCGCGACGUGCGAAGCAGCCGCGUUCCUCUCCCGCGGCGCGCAGGUCAUCGUGCGCAUGCGCGGACUGCCCUACGACGCCACUCCCGCGCAAGUGCUCGACUUCUUCUCAACCGGCGAUGACCCGGUCCAAGUACUAGACGGCGCUGAAGGCGUCCUAUUCGUCCGACGAGCCGAUGGUCGCGCCACCGGCGAUGCCUUCGUACUGUUCUCUAAGGAGGAGGACUCGCCUAAAGCCCUGUCACGACAUCGGAAGCUGAUCGGGCAGAGAUAUAUCGAGCUGUUCAGGUCAACGACUGCUGAAGUUCAACAGGUGCUGAACCGCUCGCUAGAGCCGCGCACGCCGGCCAGCACGCCGGCGGCGCCCGCGCCCGCCGAGAGCCUGCUGCCCGUGGCGCUGGUGCCGCAGCACGUCAUCACCUCCGGCACCGCCAAGGACUGCGUCCGGCUCCGCGGCCUGCCUUACGAAGCACAGGUUGAAAACAUCCUGACUUUCUUGGACGAGUUCGCGAAGAAUAUCGUCGUUCAGGGCGUCCAUAUGGUUUAUAAUGCACAGGGUCACCCGAGCGGAGAAGCGUUCAUCCAGAUGGACAGCGAAACGAGCGCGUUCCUGUGCGCGCAGCAGAAGCACCACCGGUACAUGACGUUCGGCAAGAAGCAGCGGUACAUUGAGGUGUUCCAGUGCUCCGGCGACGACAUGAACCUGGUGCUGACGGGCGGCGCGACGCCGGCCACGUCCCCCAAGGUGCUGUCGCCCGGGCCACUCACAUAUUACUACCCGACCAUGGGCCCGACGCUGCCGCCGCCGCUGGUCUACUGGGGGUACCCCACGCCGCCUGUGUCGCCCGCACAUUACUACCACCCGCCUCACCAUCCGCAGACUAUGGUAACGAACACUUAUGCCGGAUGUGGUGUCAGUUGGAGGCGGGUCCCCCCUCCCCAUCCCCCCUCCCGCGGCGUGUCCGGAAUGGCCCAUAUACAUGGUCAAUUAGUCAAGCAUCUUGUUGGCUCAAAACUAAUUAGACCUAUAGACCGUAGCAAUCACAACACAACAAAAAAAUAAUGAAGUUUAUUUUUUAAACAUUUCGAUAGUCUAUUUGAUGAUGUUUAUCAAAUUAUUUUUUUUUUUAACGUUACAAGCACGCGUGUUGUUUUAAUAUGUUGACAGCGAUGCUUAGUUUUAAAUGUUUUUGAAAAUUGUAUUUUAAGAUAUUUAUGCAACAGAAAGUAAAACAUCACUUGCCAUCAAUUUCUAACAAAAUAAUAGUUUAAUGGCUCAAGUAUAGUAGUGAUAUUUUGAGACAAAUAAUUAUAUCAUUAUGAUAUUAUUUUUAUUUAAAAAUAUAUUUUAUUUAUAAAUAAGCUAUACGUUACGUUUUAGCAUUUUUUUUCAAUGUUAUUUCGCAAAAAAUCUAUAUCUGUUGUUAUUUUUUAUAACCAUUUGUUGGGACUAGGGUUUGCAAUCCGGAUCCGAAAUGUAUGAAAUUAUCUGGAUCCGAAUUUGCGGAUCUUUUCAUACAUUUCAGAUCUGUCGUGCAAACCCUAGGCAGUGUACCAGUAUGCAAGAUUUUUUACAAAUAUUUUUUAACUUAUGCAGAUAUAACGAUUUACAUUAAAAAGUAAAUCGUGCAAGUCUAUAACAAUGUUAUAAGUAAGUACAUAUCUUAUUUAUGAAUCUUUUGUAAUAAUCUAUUAAACUCUUUGCGUAGUUCCUCUCACUCUUCAAAUAUUUUUAACAUAUUAUUUUGUAUUCUGUAUAAUAUCCUAAUCUAAAAACAACGAAACGCAGUGAUAUAUAAACGGUGCUGUUUGUUAAUUAUUUUUGUAGAAAAUAAACCAAAUAAAUAUGUUAUCAAAAUAAUAUCUAUUAUACACUAGACUUUUAGUUUAAGACAACGCUCAAUUAGAAAUAGCUAAAUAAAUCGAGAAUUUAGUUAAUAGGCCAUACUUUUAAGAUUUUUCACCUACUUGAGCAUUUUCUCACUGUAUAAAUAAAAGGAUUAAAGUUGCAUGUAAUACUUGGUUAAGUCCAUUUUAAAACGAUUUUGAAUCUUCAAAACAUAAGACUUAGACUAUGUGUUGUUUUAAGUGAACAUUGCUCAUUAGACUAAGAAUCGCAAUAUGCUCAAGUGGCGUUUACAUCUUGAGCCUGCCAAGCCAGAUUUGACUUCGUUAUUUAUGGUAAAGUACAGGUGUUGUCUUGCCAAAAUACUGAUUGGGCUUAUCAUGUUCAUGAUGAGCUAGAAACUGUUAUAUGUAUUUGGCUUGUGUAGUUUAGAAAUUAGAUAGUUAUUUCCUUUAUCGUGUUGACUGUUUUUACUAUUUUUUGUAAAGAAAACGAUUUAUCUUAUACUUUUUAGAUCGCCCUGAUGCUAAUACAGGAAUAAUCAUCAACACAUAAAAGAUUUCCAUAAAACAAUCCUAAAUCAUAUUAGCCAUUAAUUAAAUUUAAUUUACUAGGCAUAAUAUCUAAUUUAGAAGUUAAAUAUAAACAACAUAAUCUUCAAUGUCUUCCAAUUUUGUAAAAUAGUAUUGUAUUUAUUUAAGUACGUCACAAAUUAUUGUGAUAGUUAUAAUAACUAAAGUUUAGACACAAUAAUAAAUCGUUAUUAUAUGGCGUUAAUAAACGUUACGUGAGAAAGUUUGUAAAAAACGUUAAAAUAACUUUAUUUAAUGACUUAAAUUAAUAUAAAAAUGAUAUUAAUAUGAAAUUUUAAGAUCGAAUAAUUUUCAUUUGUUAUCAUUAUAUGUAUUAUGUUUUGUAUUAGACAGUAGUUGUUGUUAGUUACAUUCAAAAUCGUUAAAAUUACAAUCAGUUCUAAAAAGCAAUAUUGCAUAUAUGGUUUUAUAUAUGAACAUUUUCGAAAGAAUUGAUUUUUAAGUAUUGGUCAGUAGUUGUUGUUUUUAAGUUUUAAACCAUGACGUUGGAAGCUAUCAUGACCACAUAUUAUUUUAAAUGAAUUAUUUUACUUCUGUUAAAUGUUUCUUAUUAUAACGUCAUUUUUAUGUGUAUGUAUUUUGUUGUUCUACUAUUGAUGACAAUGAGACAAAUACGGUUGGCCUCAAAGUCGCUGAAAGAAAUACUUCACACGCCUUAUUUAAUUCAGUUGUCCUAACUGGCAUCCUAAGUAGGAUCCUAAAGAAAUGAUUCUACUUAUCGCAGUCCAGACUCUUAAGGAGCCCACUGAUUACCAGUUCGCCGGAAGGUAUAGGCCUGUCAGUUAUUCGCAAAAGCUGAUAAUCGCGAAUAACCGACAGGCCGAUAUCGUCCGGAGAACUGGUAAUUAGUAGGCCACUUUAGGUAGGUAUUAAUAGCGGUUGAGCGUUUAAAUUUUUUUAUUGAAAACCAUCUCACAGAUCCUAUUCUUUUUGGGUUCAUCGAACUCAGAAUCAUUUUAAUUCUGCAAAAAAAUUGUAUGGAAAUUUUAGUUUACCUACGUCACGUACAAGUACAAGUGAAAAAAAUCCACACUAAAAAGUGAUGUAAUGGAACGGACAUUUUGAGACAUCUUUUUUAAUGGUAGGGUGGAGAAUGCUCACGGGUCUGAGUAUGACCCCAAGAAAGUUCGGAUUUGUAAGGCUCAGUUUUUCAUAAUUUUUUUUUUUUUCAAUAGACCUAAUGUGUAAAGCGCUUUAGCACUAGCCGAGGCUGAUGGUAGGAGCGUUGCACGAUAAAAAAAUAUGUUUAACAAUGCUUAUGCGUUUAACGCUUAACACAUCUUACUUAAUGCAGUAAUUGACGACAGGGACCCAGCAAUACGUAUAUGCAAGUGUGAUGCAGAUAUCUCUACUCUACCGUGUCAAAAGUAACUGCGUCUCUGUUGCUAGUUACCGAAUUAGGUAAGUUAAGUGCUAUAGGGAAGCCGAUAGGAAUGCGUUCACCAAUGGGAACCGCACCUAGCACGGUCCAGCUACCUCGCGUUAUGGCACAGCUCUGAGGACCUACCACGAAAAUAGAAAAUCUAAAUUUCGCUAUCUGACUCUGUUAUUCUUCCAUAUUCGUGCGAUAAAGAAGCAGAUAUCGAAAUUUCGAUUUUCACUUAGAGGCCCACUGUUUCACAGCGUUAUUUGACAUAAUAUAUAUUUAUUAUGAGUAUAGUACUUUUCGCAUAUCGUUGUUCAUACAAUAACAAUACAAAAUAUAACAUAAAAUUCAUCAUAUAAUUUGUAUCCAUGCAUAAAUUACCUUUGUAAAAACUAUUGAGGCCUUAUGUCCUAUUUUCACCUUAAUCGACCUAUAUAAGAUUCUUGAAAAGUUUAUUUAUGUAGAUAUAGCCUACAUCUUGUUUUUUAAAGAAACUCACUGAAAGAUAGGCUCAUUAGGAUUUCCUAGGUACUUAAUUCAAACAUGGCAAAACAAAUUAAUUUAUAUUAGUCUUUUUAUUUAAAGUUGUAGGUACACUGCACUCAUUAUUUCCUUUUGUUAGGAUUGAAAGAGUUCGUGAUUAUAAGUAGAAAUAACAAAAAUCAAUGAUAUUAUGUCUCCAGAUACGUUAUAGAUAGGCGUUCCAGAAUUUAAGCGCUUACCUUAUUGUACAAAUUGUACAUUGAUUGUAUAUUGUGCGCCUUGGCAAGCCAGAAAUGUGCACGUGCUAACGAGAUCUCGCACACCGAAAGAGACAAGCGAGUAUUACAAAUUGAAUUUAAACUAUCGUGAGACAUACUAUCAUUAAACUCAUUUUACGGUUUAAACUCGCGUUAUUUUAGUAACUCGCACGACAUUUUUCAUGUUGUGAGUUCGUGUUGUUUGUGGCUUAAAGUGUUAGGUGGCCCAAAUCCAAACACACCACUAUGCCUGCGUACAACGACAGCGCAAGACCUCGUCCAACUGCUUCUCUCAGCGCGCGCGCAGCGGCUCGCAACUGCAAGCGAAGCCCGGCGGUCGUGAACGCUGCUCGUACUGUAGUGCGUGAGAAAAGCGACCUUGGGUCUCCACAGGUCGCGCGAGUGGCUAAAAAAAACACGUGUGUUUAAAUAGUAAAAUUAGUUUAAUGUGACUAUGACAAAGAUGAAUGGUGUGCGAAAAUUAAUCAACAAAAACGGUUCAUUCGUAGGUAAUGAAAUAAAUAUCGAAGUUUUAUUUGUACUCCUUAUGUACAGAGUAGUAUAAUCAAUCUAUAGUUAUAUAAUAUAUAGGUAUCAUUGAUAAAAAUCCCAAAUUUGAAAAAGUGUAGUGCAUAAUAGUACAACUUUAAAUAUUACGACCCAUAUUGCUAUUACAUAUACAAAUAACAUUUAUUUUAUAAUAAUUACACUGCAGUUUACCUGUGUUACCUAUUAUUUUAUUGAGAUCUGAAAGAUUUUUAAUACAAAUUAUUAUCAGAACUAUUUUAUAUAAAAUCUUUAGUACUAUUGUAAUUAUUAUAAUUUUGUUACUUUUUUUUAUAGAAAGUGCCACUUCAUAAUAAUAUUUUUCCUUGGAAGUGGUACUUUGAAAUUGUUACCUACUUUCUGUUGAUUUUUAUAUAAAUCUGUUGAUGUCGUAGUGUUACUUUUAGUAUUUUAGAUAGAUUUAGUCAAAUUAGAACGUGCAAUGUUAGAAAUUAGACAUGUCUCGAUGUUUAAUGCCAAAAGUUGUUUGGUUUCAUAUCAUACAAAGUAGUGAAUUGUUCCGAUAAAUAUAUAUAGAUCCAUCAUAAAA